CAAGUCAGUUGUAUGGCUUGAAAUUGGAUGCAAAUUAGGGAAGACGGCCUCUUAUUACCAAAACUAAUAUACUAUAUGAAUGAUUUAGCCAAUUUGACUUGUGCUGGCGACAACAGUCAAAGUCCAAUUUCGUAAUAGUGAUAACGUUUCGAGCGUCCGUGACUGGCUGAGUUUGGGCAAUCAAGCUGGGCCAGCUGAACUUGGCCACCGAUUGGCUGUCAGUGGUGGGGUCUCGCCGGCCGGGGUCGAGCGAGACCGUCACGACCAGUGCAGUCUGUGGCACGCCGCCGCGCCGGUGGGACGCGGAGACGGGUGACUACCGAUCCCCCGGUAGGACGACAGACGGUGCAGGUAUUGCUUAAUUUGAAGAAAGCUGUUUGAUUUAAAUCCCAUGGCCGCGUAGAGACAAAGAAGCUGGCUGUGCUGCCAUCCACUCGGAGUGGGCCGGAACUACUGGUACGUGAACAGCCUCCAAUGGUUUCAGUGUGCGCUGUGCUCCGUCCUGUGACUCUGCCGGCUGUCCUGGACGGAUGACCUGUGUGUGAUACGAGUCGCUGUGCUGCUCCGCCCCCGACCGGUGCUGUGAUGUCGGAGCCGGCCCGGCUGCAGUGCCCGGCGGCUGGCGAGCUGCCGUCGGCCGCGCCGGGUGAUGAGCGGCAGCCGGCCGGCCGGCGCACGGCCAGCCCGCCGCUGGCCGGCCCGUCGCCGAUCGGGCGCGUCUCGCUGCCGGAGACGGUGCUGCACUGGUUCGGCUGGACGUUCGGCUGCUUCUACUCCACCUACCGGCUGUAUGACGUCAUCCGGCGUCACCCGGACGCGCUGGACGCGCACAGCAGCCCCGGCUGGGUGGCCGGCCUCUCGGUCGACCACUGCGACGACGAGUUCGAGGUGCUCAUCAAGGGCCAGCUGGCCACCUACGCCGUCUUUAUGACCAUCCACCUGGUGGUGGGCCAGUUCCUGCACGGCAUGGCGCUGAACAAGGUGGUGCCGCUGUUCCACGCGCUACUGGCCGCCGCCUACCUGUGCUUCACGGUGGGUGUGCGGCGCUACGCGCUGCUGCUGGCCGUGGCGCUGGCCAUGUUCGGCUCGUCGCGGCUGCGCAGCCGGCCGCUGAGCUGGCUGCUGGUGGCCGUGCUGCUGCUCGGGCACCAGCAGCUCAUGCUGGCCGUGGUCGGCCCGGACCUGACGCACGACGCUGAGAACCGCACCUACCUGGCGACCGUGGUGCAGAUGUGGAACCUGUGCCGCGCCGUCAUGUUCUGCUGCGACCAGGCCGACCGACCGCCGGCGCUGGUCACGCACGACAACGUGGUCACCUUCCUGGGGUUCGUGUUCUACGGCCCGACGCUGCAGGGCCCUCUUCUGGCGCACACCGACUACCUGUCAUCGCUGACGGCCGGUGGCGUGGCGGCCGGGCCCGGCUGGCCCCGCCUGCGCCGCCUGCUACUCUCACUGGCCCGUCUCGGUGGCUGGCUGCUCUUUCUGGAGGUGUCCAACCACGUGCUCCACUACCACGCGCUCAUCUACUCUCCCGAGGACAUGCACCGGCUGUUCGGCCGCUGGGAGAUCGCCGGACUCAACUACUGGGCCGGACAGUACUUCCACGUCAAGUACGUGGUCUGCUACGGCAUACCGUGCGCGCUGGCCAGCUUUGAGGGCGUGCCGACACCGCUGCCGCCGCGCUGCGUCAGCUGGAUCGCCUCCUACUCGGAUAUGUGGAAGUAUUUCGACCACGGCUUGUACAGAUUCAUGCAGAGGCACAUCUACCGGCCGCUGUGCGGCGCGCAGCCCUCUGCUGGACGCCGCAUGGCCGCCUCGGCCGCCGUGUUCGCGUUCGUGUUCGCCUGGCACGGCCUGCUGCCGCACAUUCUGGUCUGGUCGGUGGCCAACUUUGUGUGUGUGACUGUGGAGCGCGCCGGCGGUCGGGUGGCCAGCAGUCGACGCGGCCGUGAGUGGCGCCGCGUGCUGGGCGCCAGUCUGCGCCGCCGCUGCCAGGCGCUGCUGCUAGCGCCGCUCUUCCUGGUCUCGCUCGUCUCGCAGGCCGGCUUUCUGACCAACAGCAUCGCGGUCAGCUGGCUGGCAAUGGGCGAGGGCCUUGCGCCGGCCAGCGCGCGCGAUAUGCUGGUCACGCUCGGCUUUAUGUACUGUGGCUGCCAGGUGUCGUACGACGUCAAACGCUGGCGUCAGCAGCGCGCGCGCCUGCAGAGGGCCGACAGCAAGCUGAAGCAGCCGUGAUGGGCGUCCGAGUGACUCGCAGAGGGGAAGGGUGAUAGGCAGGCGGCCACCGUCCUGUGACCGGCCGCGGGCGCCGCUGUCCGCGCACGGACGGCAGUGUUGUGACAUGAUACUGCGGUCUGGUAUCUCCCCCGCUGUUCGCCGCUUCCCCUCCAGAUCCGGACGGUUGUGAGAUAAACGAACUGCCUUGUGUGUCUGCGCUGUAAUAACAGGCUGUUAUCGGAACUGAGCUUUCCAAUGUCGCCACAGGAUGCCCCGUGUGUGCGCGUCGGGGUCGUCUGCCGAACAUCUUAUGCCGAGGUUUGUCCGCUGGGCUCCCUCCGUUUGCCGGGCUGACUUGGAAUGUCGAGCUGUGACCGGUGUGUUCAUGAUGACAGUCAGACUAAAGCGGCUUGCCUUGCUGUAUCAGCUAUUAAGCGAUUAACUAGCGGGCUGAUUGUUCUGACAAUCGUGCUGUCUGUCUUCCGUCUGCCGUUGCGUUGUUAUGUAUUCGCCCGUUAUCACUGUUGACAUUACGGGGAGUCUGGGUGCCGUAGCGGUCGCUACUCUGUAUGUCUAUAAGAAUCGUGCAUGGUGUCUUAUGAUAACUGAUAAAUGUGACGACGGUUAUGACAUUAGAUUGCCUUUAAUUCUGUCGAGACUUGAUCAUUGAGUUUUAUUGACAUCUGAGUUUCAUAACUCGUCUGCUACUGCGCCCCUACUGCCAAAUGCCAGAUUGUUUUCCUUCGUCUUAAUUGUCCCCUCACUCAGGAGUUGUAUUUUCCCGAAUGUUACUUAUAAGUUACGAUAAUGCUGACAUUCAUUAUGUUCAAUAAAUGUCAAUCAACAUGGGU